AUGUUCUCAAAGACAUUCCUUGCUAUCGCUGCGUUGCUCUCUACCGCUCUUGUCUCUUCAGCGACCCCACUUGAAAAGCGACAGAGAGCGCGACUUGUUCGCCAAUGUACUGUUCCGAACACCGUUGCUCUAACUUUUGACGAUGGCCCCUACAACUAUCUGCGAGACAUCGUCAAUACCCUCGAUGCAGCCGGUGCCAAAGGCACAUUCUUCUUCAAUGGUAACAACUGGGGAUGUAUCUACGAUCCUGCCAACAGGGAGCGAGUUAAGUAUGCAUACGACCACGGCCACCUAGUCGCCUCCCAUACUUGGGGCCAUCGAAAUCUUGCAACACUCUCAUGGGAUCAAAUUCACGAUGAGAUGUGGAGAGUCGAGCAGGCGCUCAUGAGAAUCACCGGCGCUAAGCCGGCAUUUAUGCGACCUCCUUAUGGCAGUUACAACGACCUCGUUUUGGACGCCGCUGGAAACCGUGGACAGACUGUCGUUAUUUGGGACUUUGAUUCACAAGACACUGCGGGCGCUUCGGCCCAGACCUCCCGCAAUUUGUACGACCAAGCCAUCGGAGGCCGUCCCAAUACUAUUCUUACCCUUAAUCAUGAGACCAUUGCAACCACUGCAUACGAAGUGCUUCCAUACGCCAUCCAACGGCUCCAGGCGGCAGGCUAUCGACUUGUAACCUUAUCUGAAUGCCUCGGCACAUCGUCCUACCAAAGCGUAUCUGCCCCAGGCACACCAGACGUGAGCCGCUCUCUCUUUCGUGCCUCCAUGUUCAGAUUUGGUAACUCGUUACCCCGUUUUAGGCGAGCUGGAGGUGUUGAUUCGAAUCGAACUGAUACUCCUCAAUCUCCCACCUCUUAUUGCCCUCGCUUAUGA